CUCAGGUUCCAGAUAGACCUGGGCUGGGAUGAAGACAACCUGGCACUGCACUUCAACCCACGUUUUCAUGAUGUCACUGAUGGUGCUGUGCUUGUGUGCAACUCAAAGAUUGACGGCUGCUGGGGUCAUGAGGAGAGAGAGAAACACAGUUCCCUCCAAAGGGGUUCUACUGUCAAGGUGUGACAGUUGUUGGGAUGGGAAGAUGGUCCUGACUGGACCAAGGAGGAUGUUAGUCAGGAUAUAUACAAAUGUUUAAAUAAAUGAAAAUAUAAUAUUUGAGUUAAAAAACGGCAUUGUGACAUUUCUUAAAGGGAUAGUUCAGGAUUUUGCCAACGAGUCGGAUGAACUCGUGGAUAGCAUUUUUAUGUCUCUGCGUCCAGUAUGACGGAAGUUACAGGUAGUUUCGCGAGCCAAUGCUAACUUGUGUUAGCGCUAGCUUAGCGCAAAGACUGGAAGUAUGCUAGCUGUACCCGAAGACUAGCAGUCUUUUUGCUAAUUUACUACCUCAUACUGGACGAUUCACUACCUCUAACCUCAUACUGGACGCAGAGACAUAAGAACAAUAUCCACGAGUUCAUCUGACUCUGGGGAGGUAGAUAAAGGGCUUUACUGUCUAAAUCCUGAAUUAUCCCUUUAAGAUUGUUCAGUGUAGUUAGUUAUGAGUUCUGUGAUACUGACCGCAUUAUCGAGCAUGAACUGCAAUACAGACUUUUAUUACUAGAUGAAUGGAUAAUCUUGGGCAUAGAAUAGAGUAAUGUAAUAAGGAAACCAUAUAUGUAUAUUUUCUUAAAUUCCAUUCCUUACUAGUUUUGUGUGUAUUAGGUAUAUGUUGUAAAAUUGUUAGAUACUACUUGUUAGAUAUUACUGCACUGUCGGAGCUAGAAGCACAAGCGUUUCACUACACCCGCUAUAACAUCUGCUAAGCACGUGUAUGUGACAAAUACAAUUUGAUUUGAUUUGAUUUGAUGUGGGUAUGAGAGUAAGUAAAUGUGUUAUAAUGCGUUUCCUCUCUCCAUUCUCUCUCAAGAUUCUCCUGAAGCUGACAGGAGAUAUGUUUGAAGUGGAGAUGCCUAAUGGACAUGAGAUCCAGUUCCCCAACCGUCACAGCCUAGACGUCAUUACCUACGUUCGUAUCAGAGGGGACUUAAAGCUCACCUCCUUUAAGAUCUACUA